ACAUCACAGACUAGUACGGUUCCGUCAGGCUGCCCAUUAGGCGUUUAGGUGGCGGCGUUUCUAUUUUCGCCGACUUGGUCGUGCUUUGUCGCAGGCCACUCACGGCGAUUUGUGGUCAGAUCAAAGCGAUUUCCUACAUUCGAAUAUACUGAGCUAGACGCUUGCUCGGAUGACCGUUAGCCGUUAGUUCGCACGACUGCGAGUCGUCAAUUCUUGGUGGAAUCUGUCUGCCGCGUCGUCAGCUUAGCCUGUCGCCAGGAGUCGUCGUGUGCUGGCUUCCGUUUCGGAUACCAUGGCAUAAUUGGUGCCGAUACCAGAUCCCUGAUACCGUCGCCAGCGCCUGAUUAGGACCCAAUGCAUGCUGUUGACCACAAGUAGAGCUCGUGCGCCGAUCAGAGCAGGCUUCAGUGAUACACGACUUGAGCAGGCUCGUGCUCCGAUUAAGUGAGUUUCGUGAACAGGAUUGGUCUUCAGAAUUGACACAGUAGUUCACAGGAUCCUACGGCGACCGCAAAGUGAACAGGAUCGGCCGCUGACGGCAAGUUGCUGCUACAGCCGACGCAGCCAGGAACUUGCAGCCAGGUGGCUGCAACCUGCAGCCUGCAGCCAGGUCUCUUAUGCGGUUGCUCGCAGGAUCCUACGGCGACCGCACAGUGAACAGGAUCGGCCGCUGACGCCAAGUUGCUGCUACAGCCGACGCAGCCAGGGGGCUGCAGACACCUGCUCCAGGUCUCUUGUGGGGUGAUUUUCUCUUAAGAGAAGCAGGUGGCUUUCGAGUCGAGCCGCCAAAAGCACCCGAAGGAAGCGCCCUUUCAUUCAGCAAGCAGCCCUUUGCGGAAUGGCGAACGCUCUGGAGGAUCUCGACAAAGCCCUCGAGACCAGCUCCCAGGUGCACGUCUCAGGCCUGCAUCCCUCCAUCGACAAACCCCUGCUUCCUCCGCUCUUCCCAUUCCGCCCUCCCCGCCCUCCCUCCGCCCCUGUCGUCUCCUCCUCCUCCUCUGCCUCCGCCUCGCACUCCUCUGUCCUCAACUCUGCUUCCUUCUCUCUCGACCGCUCGUCAUUGACGACGCUGAUUGGAGCACAUGGCAGGGAGCCGUUCCUCAUUGGAGUGUCGGGAGGAACAGCAUCCGGCAAGACCACGGUGUGCGAGCAGAUCAUUCAGCAGCUGCACGAUCAUCGAGUGGUGCUGGUGAAUCAGGACUCCUUCUACCGUGGAUUGACUGACGAGGAGCUCAAGCAUGUCAGCGACUUCAACUUCGAUCAUCCUGACGCCUUUGACACAGAGGCCCUCCUUUCGACGAUAAUCGCUCUGAAGGAGGGGCGGUCGGUGGAGAUCCCAGUGUACGACUUCAAGACGCACCAACGGUCCAAGACUGUGAGAAAGACUAACCCUGCUGACGUCAUCGUGCUGGAGGGUAUACUGGUGUUCCACGACUCAAGGGUGCGGGCUUUGAUGAACAUGAAGAUAUUCGUGGAUACAGAUGCCGACGUGCGAUUGGCCAGGAGGAUCCGCAGAGAUACGCUGGAGAGAGGGCGAGACGUGCAAGGGGUGAUUGAUCAGUAUGCCCGUUUUGUGAAGCCAGCCUUUGACGAUUUCGUGCUUCCCACCAAGAAAUAUGCUGACAUCAUCAUCCCCAGGGGAGGAGAUAACCACGUGGCAGUGAACCUGAUAGUGCAGCAUAUAGGCUCCAAGCUGGGGCAGCAUGAUCUCAGGAAGAUCUACAGCAACGUACACGUUAUAGAGUCAACCUUCCAGGUCCGUGGCAUGCACACGCUGAUUCGCAACAGGGACACCAAGAAGCACAACUUUGUUUUCUAUGCCGACCGCCUCAUUCGCCUUCUGGUGGAGCAUGGCUUGGGCCACCUCCCCUUCACUGAGAUUCAAGUCACCACUCCCACUGGCUCCACAUACGUGGGGAUCAAUUUCAGCAAGAAGCUUUGUGGGGUCUCCAUAAUCCGAAGUGGCGAGAGCAUGGAGAAUGCGCUCAGGGCGUGCUGCAAGGGAGUGAAGAUUGGCAAGAUACUCAUCCACAGGGAGGGCGACUACGGCAAGCAG